AUGACCAGCAGACGUACUCUUUCAUUUCUACUGUUCGUUCUACUGGCACCUCUUGUCUCUGCCAUCAAACUCGCGCUGCCACCCGCACGCGUGCCAGCUCCAAAAUGCAUAUGGAACGCCGUGCACACCCACGCACUCGUUAUUGUCACUGCCAACGUCAGUCCUGGCCCGAGCCAACGUGUCGAUAUCGAAAUCAUAGACUCGACGCCCCAGCGGAACGUCUACCUUUCAAAACGUGACGUAAAGGGCGAAACGAGGCUUGCUGUCACUGCACAUGCUGAAGGAGAGGUUGGCGUAUGCCUCAAAAAUUGGCUGUCACCUGACGUCAAGACUACUUUGGCUCGAAACAUGACGCGUACAAUCGACCUCGACAUUGACAUUGGUGUGGAUGCUGUAGACUACAACGCAAUAGCAAAUCAGGAGUCGCUUUCAGGACUCGAAACGGAGAUGCGUAAACUGGAGGGAGUAGUGAAAGAGAUUGAAGACGAGUUGGACUACCUCAAGAAACGAGAAGAACGAUUCGCAACUACGAACCUUUCGACAAACCAGCGUGUCCAGAACUUUGCCUGGUUCACGCUCUUCUCGCUCAUAGGAUUGGGAGUCUGGCAGAUCUUCCAUCUUCGAGCAUACUUUAAACGCAAGUACUUGAUCGAUUAG